UCUUGGCUGUGCUGGAAGUAGGUUAAUGCAAUUUAUUUUGAAAGUUUCUGGAAGGUUUGUACUGGCCUUUCACGUUGUAACUCGUGGCUGUGGGUCCCAACAGGUGCCACCAGAGACCGUUCUCGGAGGGUAACAGGUGUGGCUGAUUGAGAUGAUCACCUGGAGACGUAUAAAGAAGAUGGAUUCCCAGUACAUUGUCGCCUGAGUGAAUUCCCCUUCGCUUCCUGCGGAACUUUGAGAUCAUAACCUACCUGAACAGAAGACGACCAGGACUACUUACCGGCCGGCAAUCCGCCUGAGCCCCGCCUUGCCGAACCUGUUCGCCCUCCGACAAUCCUCCAGCCUCCGGUCUCAGAAACCCUGGUGGACUAGAGCGCAGCUAUCCGCAGGUCUGGACUCUCUCUCUCCCUGGUGGAUCAGAACCCAGCUAGGUCCGUACAACAGUUUGUUUAUUUUAAUUAUCCUCCGAGCCAUGUCUCAUCCCCUCUCUCUGUUGCAGCCUCCAGUUCCAAGCAGCGGCUGUCGUUUCCCACUCCACAGCCUGUAAAUAAACUUCCUAAACGGUCCUCUGUUCUCCGGGUGUUUCUGUUUAUGUGGAUCAGAUUGGACUUUAACACUAUGACAGUUUGCACCACUGUUCUUACUAAAGGAGGCUCGUAGGCUUAGACUGGGAAAACUACUGCUUUACUGUAAUCAUAGAGGACCAGUGAAAAAACCUUCAAACCUGAGAGUGGUUUCAGUUUGUCAUAUUGUUACCUCUGCCAAGGAGGUUAUGUUUUGAGUUAAGUCUGUCUGUCUGUCUGUCUGUCUGUCUGUCUGUCUGUCUGUCUGUCUGUCUGUCUGUCUGUCUGUCUGUCUGUCUGUUUGUAACUUCACACAGACAAAUUCUUAUGAAUUUAUUUUACCAGAGGUGUGUCUUAACCCAAGGAACAACCCAUGACAUUUUCCAAGAAAUACCUUUUUCUAUGCCGUCAGGGACCCUAUCUUAGGUGGCGGAGGUAUGUGGCCUCUGACUGUCUUGUUUUGUAAUAAUAGGCUAAGCUGAACUCAUUUCUUCUUCUAAAUGCACAGAGCAUUUGCACUUUUGUUUCCCAGCAAGAGAACCACAGGCAUAUGGUUUACCGUAACACAUAAGCUGUUGAUGCCUUGUUUGUUCACUGACCACACAGACAGAGAAGAAAUGCACUGACACAUGUUUAAUAAAAACCACAGGCUGUAUAUAAGAGAGUAAGCAUCCCCCCGAUGACAAUUUAUGAGUUCGUUGAUAGAAUGAUAAUGACCCUGCAGGUCUUAAUGCCUCUUUAUUUUCUGACACUUCUCAGACAAACAGGUGAUGUUAUAAAACAUAUUUAUUGUUCUUUGCUAAAGCAGAUACAGGCAUUUAACAUUUUUUUUUCCACUUUUGCAGCUCAUGGGACUGAGAUCAUACAUGGCAACAAGGUACCUGAUGGCUUGAUGCUGUAUAUGGCCUCUGUUCAGAACAACGGAGAACAUAUAUGUGGAGGAUUUCUCAUUAGUGAAGACUUUGUGGUCACAGCUGCACACUGUGAUGAACAAAACCCUACAAGUGUCGUUCUUGGAACUCACAAUCUCAAGAAAGCUGAUGAUGGCACAAUAAGAUAUGGCAUUACCAGGUGCAAGCACCCAAAAUUUGACCGUGUUAUAUCUGGUAAUGACAUUAUGCUUCUCAAACUGUCAGAAAAAGUGCAACUCAAUGACAGAGUGCAGCUGAUCCAGAUACCAAGGGCUGAGAUGAAACUGAAAGACAAAGCUAAGUGUCGUGUUGCUGGCUGGGGCUUCACCAGAACUCGUGGUAAAGUUUCCAAUUUGCUCCAAGUAGCUCAAGUGUCCAUAAUUACCCAAAAGGAAUGUAAAGGUAAAUGGAAAUAUUUGAGGCACAAUCUUCCAAACAAUGUUACCUGUGCACUUGGACAUAAGACAAAAACAGGAUUCUGUAAGGGUGAUUCAGGUGGACCUCUAGUGUGUGGAAAGAUGGCCACAGGCAUCGUGUCUUUCAGCAAGGACUGUGAUCCACAUGUACCCAACGUCUACACAGAUAUAUCAAAAUACGUGUCCUGGAUCAAAGAAGUUCUCAAGCAAAAACACUGUUAAGUGGAACACAGCAUUCACAUGUAAUGUUGAGGUCUUUCUGUGUUGGCUCUUAUAUUAGAUGAUAAAAGAUAUGUGUUUUAAAA